AUGGAGCUGAGUAGCAAGAAGAAACUCCAUGCCUUGUCCCUAGCGGAAAAGAUUCAGGUGUUGGAACUCCUGGAUGAAUCCAAAAUGUCCCAGUCGGAGGUAGCCCGGCGCUUCCAAGUCUCCCAGCCCCAAAUCUCCCGCAUCUGCAAGAAUAAGGAGAAGCUGUUGGCAGACUGGUGUAGCGGCACUGCCAACCGAGAGCGCAAGCGCAAGCGGGAGUCCAAGUAUAGCGGGAUCGAUGAAGCUCUGCUCUGCUGGUACCACAUUGCCCGCGCCAAGGCCUGGGAUGUGACGGGCCCCAUGUUACUCCACAAAGCCAAGGAGUUGGCUGAUAUCAUGGGCCAGGAUUUUGUGCCCAGCAUUGGCUGGCUGGUCCGCUGGAAACGCCGAAACAAUGUAGGCUUCGGGGCUCGCCAUGUCCUUACUCCUCCAUUCCCUCCUGAACCACCUCCCUUAGGCCUCACGUCCCAGGCCCAGCCACCUCUCUCCCUUAAAGACUUCUCUCCAGAGGAUGUUUUUGGCUGUGCUGAAGUGCCCUUGCUUUAUCGGGCAGUGCCUGGCAGAGCAUUUGCGUGUGAUCGGAUGAAAGUACUCCUGUGUGCCAACAGCAGGGGCACAGAGAAGCGGCGAGUGUUGGUCGGUGGGCUCCAGGCUGCGCCUAUGUGCUUCUUUGGGGUGAGCAGUGAGGCACUGCUUGCUUCCUACCACCCGGACCCAAGCAUCCCCUGGGCAGAGUGGUUGGCACAGUUUGACCAGGACAUGGGGCAGCAGGGUCGACAGGUAGCCUUGCUGUUGGCUGCCCAAGUGGUAGAGGAGUUGGCAGGCCUACCCGGGCUCCACCACGUGAGACUCUUACCUCUGUCUGCCUCCAGCACGACACCUUCCUUGCCUGGCUCUGUGGUCUGGGCCUUUAAAGCUCAUUACCGGCACCGUUUGCUGGGCAAAUUGGCCGCUGUGCAGAGCAGGAGAGAAGGUACCUCGCUGCCGGAAGCCGGGGAAGGCAUCACGGGGUUGGAUGCGUUGCACAUGGCCGCGGCAGCCUGGACCAAGGUGCCUUCUCAGCUCAUUUGGAGCAGCUUCAUUCAGGAAGGGUUAGCUCCAGGCAAAACACCCCUGGCCCUGGACAAAGCUUCUGAGAUGCCGCCAGUUGCUGGUGGACUGAGCCAGGAGGAGUUUUCCCACUUCGUGGACUUGGAGGACGAGGAGCCAGGCCCCGGAGUGUGCAAGGAGGAGACGGGCGCUGACGCUAAGGAAGGGUAUAGGGAAGAUGGCUUAGAGCCUCUGCCUACUAAAGCCGAUGCCCUACAGGCCCUGGGCACCUUGAGGAGGUGGCUGGAGGUCAAUAGCACCUCCCCAGAGCUCUUCGAGAAGUUCUAUGAGUGUGAGGCCGAGGUGGAGCGGCUGUGCUGCCUGUGA